GUCAAAUAUCAAAUCUCUUCCGUUUAGCUACACAGAACAGACUGCAGCCAGUUUCUCUCCGAAUUGAGGUUGUUUGGUUAUUUAAUUGCGGAAAUUUAACCGCUAUGCGUGAUACACAACAACACGACAGCUAGUUUUGGACUGAGUUCACUUGACGUCGUGUUUUUUCCUCGUCAAACAUGGAGAAAUUUGAAGGCUACAUCUUCACUGCUCUCUGCAGCACCAACUUCCUGAUUUCCUGCCUGCUGUUCUCUAAAGUUACCCGGGAGCAGAGGGAGCCGUACAUGGACGAGAUUUUUCACGUUCCCCAGGCUCAGAAAUACUGUCACGGGAAGUUCAACGAGUGGGACCCGAUGAUCACCACCCUCCCAGGCCUUUACCUCGCCUCCGUGGGAGUCAUCAAGCCUGUGGUGUGGCUCGCUGACCUGACCGGCAAAGUGGUUUGUUCCACUGCCAUGCUGCGCUUCAUCAAUCUGCUCUUCAACUGCGGCAACCUUUACUUGAUCUACCUGCUCAUCUGCAAGUUGCACCUCAGGGAGAAGACACGAACAACCUCACGUCGGGUCCUGUCAGCGUUGUCUCUGUCCACCUUCCCCGUGCUCUACUUCUUCAACUUCCUCUACUACACCGACGCCGGAUCUACUUUCUUCAUCCUCUUCACCUACCUCAUGACGCUCUAUGGCUGCCACAAGGCCGCUGCGCUCCUCGGCGUCUGCUCCGUGUUCUUCCGCCAGACCAACAUCAUCUGGGUCGCCUUUUGUGCGGCAACUCUGGUGGCCGCCAAGAUGGACGAGGCCUGGAGGGUGGAGCACACGAAAAAGAGGGACGAAAAGUCGCCGCCGUCGCAGGUUCCUCUGUCGUUUAGUGGAGCGAAGAAGAUAAUCCUCUUCACCGUGGAGUUCCUCACCUCCCCUGGUCAUGUGAAAGCCGUGCUGCUGGUGGCUUGGCCUUACGCAGCGGUCGGUGUUGGUUUCCUGGCGUUCGUGGUGCUGAAUGAUGGGAUUGUAGUCGGCGACAGGACGAGCCACGAGGCCUGCCUCAACUUCCCUCAGCUCUUCUAUUUCUUCUCCUUCUCCCUUUUCUUUUCCCUCCCCGUCUCGCUGUGUUACCACCGAGUCCUCCGCUUCCUGCAGGCUCUGAAAAAACAACCCUUGUUCUUCCUCUUCGUCACCGCCGUCUGUUUGCUCCUGGUUUGGAAGUUCACCUUCGUGCACAAGUACCUCCUGGCAGAUAACCGCCAUUUCCCCUUCUACGUGUGGAGAAAACUCUUCCAGAGACACGAGCUGGUGCGUUUCCUCCUCGUCCCCGUGUACGUCUUCGCCGGGUGGAAUUUCCUGGACUCCUUCAAGUCACGCUCGCUCUUCUGGAGCUUAGCUUUCCUGGCGUGCCUCCUGGCCGCCACGGUGCCCCAGAAGCUCCUGGAGUUCAGGUACUUCAUCGUCCCCUAUCUGAUGUACCGCCUCCACAUGCCUCUCCCCUCUCUUCCCAGACUCGUUGUCGAGUUCCUGCUGUACACGGCUGUAAACGCUGCCACCAUUUAUAUCUUCAUUACUAUAACCUUCCACUGGCCAGACACCACAGCCACGCAAAGGUUCAUGUGGUGAAGAACGGAGGAUUUUUUUUUUUUAUUUAAGGAACUUCUGUCUGCCACCUUACAGAUAACCAAUACAUGUGACAAUUCAGAAAACAAAACAAAGCCUGUGUUAUAUCAAACAAAAAUGGCACUUGUAAAUAUUUCCAUCAUUUUUGUGCAGUGUAAUAAAAUGUUGUUGGUGUAAUACUGAGGGGUCAACCGAUUGUCUGAUCCAAUAUUCAGCAUUUUGUCAAUUAUAAUUAUCCUUCUUGAUAAAAUAAAUUAAUCUUCUGAACUCCAAAACCUCCUGUUGGGUUUGACAGUCAGGUUAUGGAAAAAAAAAAAAUCACAAAUAGUACAUCAUCUGGGAGAGCAAGAAACUGUAAAAACCUAAAGAAUCGUUUCGUUUUAGACUUUCCAUCAAAGCUUGAACCCUCUACGUGAGGCGUUGUUACAUCAAAAAAAUCUACCAAAUUUAAGCUUAAAAUUGUGAUGAUAUCAAAAUCAGAUUAUUCUACAUGUUUUAUUUAAGAAUUUGCCAAAAAGAAGAUGUUUGCUCUAACCAAAUUGUUUUUAAAAAAAAAAAAAAAAAAAAAAAAAAAAAAAGUCUAAACUCUGAGCUCCUCAGUGCAACCAUGAAGCCAUGACUGACUUGGCGACAAAAAUAAAUCACAUGACAACUAUUCAGGGACAUUUGGUUGAACUGCAGGUAGUGUUUACACAGAACAGAUAAGAGACAAAUUCAAAAUGUAAAUAGGAAAAUAUAUGUAGUAUGUAGACUCUUAAAUUAUUUUCUAGUAUUUGUAACAUUUGGGGGUACUUGUAAAUGUUGAUUCCAGGUUUUUUCCAAUUUCUGUAAAAAUAAUCAAAGAAAUAAAAUGUAUUUUUUUUCAGGAUUUAUGGCAUUAUAACUGCACAGAAGAGGUUUUUCAGUUCUGUCAACUUCUUGCCAUGGUUGUUCUGUUUCCACAGAGAUGCUGGACUUUAUAUUGCAGUAAAAAAAAUGACCCCACAGUGAGUAAAAAUGGGGCAACAUUACCCAGAGACAGCUUGGGGUAAAGAGGGUUCAUUUAAAAACGUGUUAGCUUUGAACUGAUGCAUCGGCAACUUUUGUUAUUCCAAAUUUUCAUUGUUACUGCCAAUGUCUAUCAAGUCGAAAUACUAGUCAUCAGUCUCCUUGAUUAUUAGUAAUCAAAAUCAGCCUUGACAAGCCAUAUUGGUCGACCCCUAUUAGGGAUUGCUAUAACUUACACACAGGGUCAAUAUUUCUAGUUAAUGUGUCAAAGAUAGAAAUUUAAAACUUUGUAAGAGAUGUUAAAAAUGUUUAGGUUUGAGUUAAGUUUCUUGACAAAGGCUAUGAACCCUGAACAAGUCCUGCCUGUUUACCUUAAAUCAGUUAUCAAUUAUGUGAAAAUGACAAGAAUAUUAAUCUAAAGUCCCUCUCUGGUUGUUGAUUAAACCCCUAAUAACUCAUAUUUGUGUAUCAUAGUUACAUAAUUAGAAGUUUUUCCAUUAAAAUAAUAACCUUCCUGACUUAAAAUGGCUUUAAUGUGACUCCACACCGUUGCCUCCUUUUGUAUUAUUUAUGAAGCCAAACUUGCUCAAACUGGAAACCGAUUCUGCAGAAGAAUUAUAAUUUGUCUUCUAGCACAACUUAAAAAAAAUGAAAACUCACUGGAGGGAGUCUUUAAUCAUAAAUAGUGACAGUUUAGUGUUGGUAUCAGCAAUGUAAAAUCACUGGUACUGCUCCCAAUCACAUUGAUUUGUUUUGAAGAGAAUUUACUGUAUAUAAAACUUGUUUCUACCUAAAUGUAAUUUUGACACAUUCUGUGAAUUAAGUGUGAGGCAGAACUUUUCUUACUUUAAAUGUAAAAAUGAAAUCCUACAAAACCCAUUUUGUGGAUACAACUGUUGAACAAGCUGUAAAUAUGAUUAAAGAGACCAAAAUAGCCAUAUCGCUCUGAACUUUUAUUGUACGGUAAGGUUGACGGAUGACUGACAUGAAGUUUCUGAUGAUUUUUUUUUUGCCAUUGAAGAACACUGAUGGACACGUUUGACUUUAUUACAAUUGGACCAUUUGUAGAUCUACAUCCGUUUUGCAUUUCUACUUUGACGAAGCCAUACGGAUCCAUUGGAGGAGAUUUUCAUUGUUAAUUUAGACGUUUUUGUUUGUGAAGUUUACUUCUGUACUUUGUGAUGCACUUCUGGCCUUCUGUAUGCUCCCUCAUCUGAAGGAUUGUGUUUUUUUGUGUGUGUAUGAUUAAUUUCACUGUUAUUUUCCUGCUCUGUUGCCUGAGGUGUAAUGAUGAAGCAGAUCUCAAACCCCAUUAAACUCUAGUUGCCUUGGUUUGUGAGUUUAAGCGAUGAAGCUGAGAUAAAUCUACAUCAAAAUUUGUGUAGUUUAUAAUUUUAGACUUUGUUCUUGCAUCAAAUAUGUCUGAAUUACAUCCAGUUCUGUUGCUUUUUAUGUGGUCUUGUGUCCCACUUUCCAUCCAGCUGUAUGUUUGCUGCUCCAUGUUGAUACAACCUUGGAAUAAAAUGUUUUCAAUUAA